AUGUCUCUAUUUUUUUUCUUGGUCUUAAUCGCCUUUCUUUCUCUUUCUGACUUUUGCUGCCUGGUGGCUACCAUCAGUGGGGCUCAAGGUACUCACUCACCAUACAACCUGCACAUCGAUUCAACUUGCCUAAUAAAUCAUGGAGGUCAUUACUCUUUCCAACAUUACUAUCUAAUUUUGGCUGAAGCAUUCUUUUUCUUCUUUUUCCAUCUGUGUAUAAAAGUUUGUUUUUCUUCCUUAAGUCUCACUUUUUUUUCCUUAUCUCUUUCACUUCUGGUCACUCACUUUCUUUUAUUUCACUCUUCUACUAGUCUCUCAUUUUCUCUUUAUUGCUCUCUCUCUUUCUCUGUACCACUGAUCUCCAGUUUUUUCUUUUUUUCUUUCUCUUCCUCUAGUCUUCCAUUUUUUCUUUAUCUCCACUUUUCACUCUCCCAUUUUUUCUUUAUUUCUAUCUCUCUCCUCUCAUACUUCAUUUUCUCUUUUUCUUUCUCUCUACUCUUACUUUCCUUUUUUUUUUCAUUAUUUUUUUCUCUCUCUCUCUCUCUCUCAAACUUCAGUUUUCUCUUUAUCUCUAUCACUCCUAUUCAUUCCUUGCUGAAUCUUUUUUUUAAUUUUCCCUUCUCCCUUAACUAUCUUUUUCUCACUCUCUCUCCAUUUCUCUUUUUCUCACUCUCUCUCUCCAUUUCUCUUUUUCUCACCCUCUCUCCAUGUCUCUUUUUCUCACCCUCUCUCCAUUUCUCUUUUUCUCACCCUCUCUCCAUGUCUCUUUUUCUCACCCUCUCUCCAUUUCUCUUUUUCUCACCCUCUCUCCAUGUCUCUUUUUCUCACUCUCUCUCCAUGUCUCUUUUUCUCACUCUCUCUCCAUUUCUCUUUUUCUCACUCUCUCUUCAUUUCUCUUUUUCUUACUCUUUUCAGUUUUUGUUUGUUUCUUUCCUUAGUAUCUGUUUUAUUUCUCUCUUUCUCUCACGUGCAUCUGCCACUUUCUCUCUUCCACUCUUUCUAUUUUUUUUCUUUUACUUGAAUGAUGAAUAUUUAAAAAGUUGGUUUAGACUAGUGAUGGCAUCAAAAAGAUUUUAA